AUGGCGCCCCAAAACUCGACUCUGAUUCACAACGAUUCCACCGAGUCGGCACCGGUGGCCACUUCGGCGGAGGAACUGAGUAACUUCAGUCCCAUCCUGCCGCCGCGGAAUCAUCAUCAUCACCACCACCACCAUCAUCAUCAUCACCACCGAUCACACCAGCGCCAAAGCCAACCCACCCAAGCUACGAGCACUCUCGAUGAUGGACUUGCUGGAGGUCAAACGACCCUAGCGGCGAACACCGGAAGUUCCAGCACCGAUGUAGCAUCGGCCAAACCCACAACUAACACCACCACGAGCAAAUCGACGGCAAUGGCGACCAUGGCGAAAGGACAACCAGGUCCCAACGGUUCGGCAUCUACGUCUCGAGGUGGAAGCUUCCGUGAGGUCAUGUCCGAGGCAGGUUCAGACCUGCAGUCUCUUCCGACAAGCUGGCCAACGACAUGUGAUACAGCGCCGGAACCAACCCGCAGGACCUGCGGCACCGGACGUGGCACCGUCAAGCGUGAACUGCUGAACUCCAUCCCUUGUCACAGUCACACGCACGGCGCAAAACCGUACACCGAGAGCCUCGAAUCGGACAGCAACGGCACGGACGAUACGGACGACGCGUACGAGGAGUCACCCGACCUGGCCGACCCAGCAAACCCACCCAUGACCGGUGAGGACCCUCCCGGUGCCGGUGUCACCGACAUCGAAAUUCCAAUCUGGAUCCGGGGCGAGGCACGCUUCGUGUCCGGCAUCAACGCCACGACCACGUGCAGCAACAUUAUCCGGGCGCUGAUCGACGACGAAAUCCAGAACGGAAGCUACGGACCGGAAGAUGUCGUAGUGUCGCGUGACGUGAGCGAUUACGUGAUAAUAGAGCGGUGGCGUGAGGUCGAGCAGGUCCUCGCUGGCGACACACGGAUCCUGUCCAUUUGGAACGCGUGGGGUGACGCGAAAAACGAGGUGCAGUUCCGCUUGAAAAUCAAUAAAACAAACCAGGAGAAGGGUCCUGCCGGAAAGGAGAGCAAGUCCAAGAAGCAGAAGGAAAAAAUCGGCCUCAUCAACCGCAUGAUGCGCAAGGUGCUCAAACAGGGCGAGGCCAUCCAGAACCAUCUCUCGCAGAUCAGCCAAAAGUCGACGGAAAAGCGCCAGCAGGAAAAGUUCCGGAAGUACGUGCGCAAAAACUGCGGCAAACACCUGAUCAUGGAGAACUUUCUUCACGACGCGGCCACUAGCAACCUGUCGGAUCUGUCGGUGGACGGUGAGCCACUGGUAACGGUGACGUGCGCACGUGACCCGAAAGACGCCAAAGUCCGGCGCAGUACGUUCCCAGGAAAGUUGCUGUUUUCCGCGCGCAAGGCUUCAUCCUCGGCUGGGGCCGGUGUUGAGAAGCCACCAGCCGGGCGGGUGCUGAAGAACGUCCUGUUUGAGUCUUCGGACCAGCUGGCUGAUGGUGCUCGGGCGAACGAGGACGAACUGCUGCUCGUGAUCGACCACACGUCCGAUAGUGACAGUGGAAUAUUCACGAAUAAUCACGCCCUCUGCCGACGAGAUACGCUACCGAAGAGACCUAACUUUGGUUCGAUGGUGGAGAUCGAUCGGUACACGAAGGACACCGAUCUAGAGCUGGAUGGCGAUGGGUCAGUAGCGGAUGCGGCGAAACGUCAGCAGAAGUACCACCGGUCCAAGCGCCGGUAUGAUUCGCUGCGAUGUCACCACCAGAGCAGAAGGCGCGAGCUGGAGUAUGCCCUCUCAGAGGACGAUGGUGUCGCGUCGUCUAGCGGUGGUAGGACAUCGGCCGACCGCGAUCAGGAGCUGGUGGAGCUAGUAAACGACGACGAAGAUGAUGAAGAAAUUGACGAUGUGGAGCGUGGCACCGGGCAGGAUGAGGACUUCACACCACCGGUUGAUGACUUCGAGUCGGAGGAGCAAACCGACCUGCGCCGGGGCACCUUCAAUCGGACCUCGUUCCGGUUCGAUCUGAUCCGGCAGGAGAUCGCAACCAAGAUGGGCGAAAUGCAGCAUCUGCUCGAGCAGGAGGAAGAGCUGCUGCGACGGUUGAAGCUGAAGAGUGCCAAAUUCCACGCCGAGAACCAGAUCUACCGUUCGCACAUUGGGCUGGACUUCCACGUCGAGCGGCUGCAGCAGUCGAUCGAUCGGUGCGCGAAGGAAAUCAUUGACAUCGAGCAGCAGCUGCUCGAAACGAAGAUGGAGAUCGAGGAGAAGUCGCCGUUGAUCGACAACUUGCGAUCGCUGCUAGAGGCGCAGGAAGCGGGCCUGUGCUACCGGCACCCGGUUAAACAUCAGCCGAAGGAUCGACACCCGCCGGAACAACGCUACGGCAUGACGACACACUUCCGGACCGGGUCGGUUGACGGAGCAGGAUUAAGCGCAGACACGAGCUUCACGCAGGUGAAAGGAUCCUCGCGCAGCAGCCUUGCGCGACCGUCCUCUAAGCGCAAGUCGACGCCACCGGUAAACGAGUCGGUCGAGUUCGUGGACAACAUUUACGAGUUUUGUGAUAAUAAUCAAAGUUUUGUCGUUUGA